UUAAACUUGUUGGUGUGUGACGUGCAGAUCACAGUCAGACUUGUGGUUAUGAAAACAGCUGGGUAACCAGACGGUACUUUGCAUCCUGUUUGUGUUAAAAUGACAACCAAUGAAACAUCAGAAUUAUGUAAAAUAAACAGAGCGGGAGGAGCUACAGGUAGACCUGAGACGACAAGUCGGCCUGAAAGCUGCUGCAGAGGUAAGUCUUGUUUUUCUGCUUCCUGCUGUUUUUAAUGAGCGACUGCAGAUUAAACUAAAGUCACUGGAAGUGUGAGAAGUUACAUCUUAAUACACAUUAUAACCUCUCACUGGGAGGAUCCGCUGGUAGUCGAUGUCUUCUGUGUGAAGCAGAGUCAACUUUCUCAACCCUCUUUAAAGCCGUUUCAUAAGAUUUUAUUCAGUUUGGGUCUGACGUUUGUUUCUCUGGCUUCCUGUUUGCUGCUGACAGCUGCAGGAAAACGAUCACUUUAUUAUUUAAAAGUAGUAUCUGUUCCUUAUUUAAACACAACAUCCUCUUAAGAUGCUGAAGAUAUUUUGUCUCUGGGUUACAUGUUGAAGAAUUUGACGCAACACUCGUUAGUUUAUUUCUGAGUUUUAUUCUUUAUGUUUGAACUCUGACGUCGCCAACGCGUCACCCAGAAGACAUCUUCUUGAGAGUGUGACAGUGACAACACAUUUGAACAUUUUCUUAAAAAUUUACUUUUUAAAUGUUGGAUUCUACAUUGAAUUCUGGUUGACUUACACUCUUGGUAGGAAACUAAGUUGAUUCUCGUAGGUUUAUAACAAACUAAGCGUGAGAUCUGUGAAGGAGUUUAAAGAUGGCUGCUCAGUCUCUGUUCUUUGUCGUGUUGCUCGGAUGCCUCGUUCUUGUUUCAGGUGAGUUUUAGUUGUUAAGCUGGUUAAAUAUUUUUCUCUGAGUGAAGCAGACGUCAGCAGCUGAAUGUUCAGGGUGGAGUCGGAGUGAAGAGAUCAACUAUUUUAGUUUACCCGAUGUGGUUGGUGAGGGUUAGGACAGCGGCUUUAGAGACGUCAUUUUAUAUGUGGCUGUGUGUUUGUGUGUGUGUGUGUGAUUCAUGACUGUGGUCUGAAGGGACUAGAUGGGUAAAGAAAGUUUUUUUUUCAUCAUGUUUUAAUGUGAAGCACUUUGUGUUGCCCACUACUGAACAGUGAUUUAAAAAAAGACUCCAGCAAACUGGCAGAAAGGUGUUUUUCCUCAGUAUCCUGAGGAAGUGCAGUCUUCGCUGAUAUGGGUCCCCAGAAACUUGAAGCGCCACCUCCUGAUCUCCUAUCCUGAGUGGUACAGGUGUGCAUCCCGGUUCCUGAAAUCCAGGAUGAGUUGCAGACUUCAUCUCUGUGAUCGGCCUCAUUGCCACAGAUAAGACCCACUACUGUGGUGACAUCUGGAAACUUGAUGAUUGUGUUUAUAGGAUGAGCAGGUGUGCAGUCACAGGUAUAAAAGGACUAUAGAGCAGGGACGAACGCACCCUUUACUGGUCCAAUGAGAUCUGGAGAGAUAAUAUUUGUCUGCAGAGUUUUGACGUUGCAGAAAAUGUGUGUAUGUGUUGCAUAUCAAGUAUCAGGCCGAACAUCCGGUGUUUCCGUCCUUCCUCUGGUCCAGUUCAGACCAGUGUGGUUCGGUGUCUCCUCACGCCGAUACUGCUGUAUGUGAUCUGUGUGUUUCCUCCUGCAGGACAGGAAACCAUCACAGCUGAACCUGGACAGACUGUUUCUCUGCCCUGUCGAGCUCCAGAUGGGGUAAAAAUCUUUGCCUUAGAGUGGAUCAGAACUGGACGGGAGCCAGAUGACGUGCUUAUGUACAGAGACGGUCAAACCAUCCAGCAUCCAUCUUUUAAGAACUUGGUGGAUCUUCAGGACAGACAGAUGAAGGAUGGAGACGCGUCUCUGAUUGUGAAGAACGUGACGGCUAAUGACACGGGAACAUAUAAGUGUCGAAUCUUCCACAGGAAAAGAAACGACAGGAGCAGAGCCAAUGAGUCCAUCAGCAUCAUCCAUCUGGAGGUGUCUUCAUCAGGUCACACAGAUGGUCGGAGGGACGAGGAUGGAGACAGUCGAGGACGUCUUGGACUGUGGUUCAGUCUGUCAGUCGUUGUGUUGGUUGGUUGUGUUGUAUGGAUCUGCAAAAGAGCCACGAAGAGGAAUGCAGACCUUCCUCCUGUCCUGGUCUGACUCAAACCUCCGAAUAAUGUUUCUCUGGCUUUAAGAUGAAAACAUCAGCAGCACCAACAUGUUUCAUUUCUGCCCCAAAGUUCGUGGAAAUGAUCUCGAAGCAAACUGAAGAAUGAAUCCAACAUAGAAACAAAGACGUCGUUUUACUGGCUGUUUCAACGUCCACGAGAAGUUUGGAACAUGUGAACCAAUCCACUUUAUUUAUAUAGCACAUAAUAAAAAUAGAAACAAAAUACACUAAUAUAUCUGAAAUAUACCCCCAAAAAUCUAAAAACAAAACACACUAAAGGAAAUUAAAAUACCAAAAUACACUAAAAGCAAUUAAAAGAUUAAAAUGCAUUAAAAGAAAUGAACAGAUUAAGAGGCUAUCAUGGCUAGAAUCAUGUGAAUGUACUGGAUCAAUCAUGUGACCCCUACCUGAACUGUUUUUUGUCUGUCAGGUAAACUGCUCCCAGGUGAGGAAGGACAGAGGAUGUUGUAGACAUUGUUAUAGAAAAAUUACCAAAAGUCUGAAUGAGUAAAAGUAAUUACAAGAUUUAUUACAGGAAAUGUAUAAAAUACAAACAAUUUCACUUGCAAGUUGAGAGUGUCGUCCAGACUCGCGUGAAGUCCAGAGAGACUCUGACUUUGCAUCUUUAGCAUCAGUUUUUAUUCAACCUGGUUCCAGCUGAAAAUCAGUCUCUCAAACAAGAUUGAGAGGCGCCAUUCUCGCCCAAUCAGGCUGUCAUUCUAUCAGCUGCCUAUCAGUCUCAUCUUUCCCCACGUCAUGAAUCUGAAAGAGUAGUCAGUCUGAGCUCACACACACACACACACACACACACAAUGAAAACUGUAACUUCAGUGUUCUGUAGAAUGAGAACACACAAUAUUAAAAUGUAAAAGUGAAUAGAUUAACAAUAUUAAAUUAAUAAAGAAAACUGAAUGUACAUGUGAUUAUUAUGAGUAUAUAUGAGUGAUUACCAUAAGAAGCUAAAUUUCUUUCACACAGCAGACUAAUAUUUAACCUUUUUGUUUUGUAUGUUUUUGUUCACAUGGUCACCUUCCCCUAAAAUGAUUUAUGUCCUCCUGUCAGUAGCUACUCAGAAGUGUUUACACCUGCCUUUGUUGGCAUGAAACCUAUGCAGUGCUUAUUUGCAGUGGUUCAAUGUGAAAUCGAUUGAGGUUUAAUUGGGCACCAUCACCGUGUAUUUAAGCGGAUUGUCCACCUGUGUGGUGUGCGGGUGCAAUCAGGUUAAGUAAACUAGCUCUGAGUAGGACACCAAGUGGAGAAAAAGGGGAGUGCCUCCUUAUUGCCCCAGAAAUAAAUAUAGUUAAAACUUUA